AUGCAGUCCUACGUGUUCUGCCUCCUGGUCGUGGUGGCGGUCGCCGCUGCCGCCCCACAGCGCGAGGGUGCUGUCUUCUCAAACGAAGCCAUUAAGCAGGCCCAGAACACUCAGCUUAUUCCUAAGGAUGCCGUGAUCCAGAAGGUGCAGGAGGGUAUUGAACUCGCGGCCUACCAGUCAAUCCCUGGCAACCAGAGGAUCAACCUGUACGAGAUCCUAGGAGACCAGGUGCCUUCUGAAGUCAUCAACAAUCUGCAGAGCCAGAUCGACCAAGUCGGCAGGAACUGAGCUAAUUAAUAUAAGAAGAAACAUGUUUUGAGGAGACUGUUAUGAUGACAAGAAACCCUGCUUAAAAAUUUAAUUGAACUAAAAAUCUUUGAGAGAGCUUCCAACUCAAGUCGCAAGCUUACGUCAUAUACAUAGUUUGUGUGAGCUACAG